AUGCUUCCACAACACAAUCCAUCUCCUGCUCAUACCGUUCCGAUACGCUCAGAGUCAUCACUGCUUCGACAUCAGAACCAUAACUCUACACGAAAAAUCAUUUCUUUACUCUCCGAGAUUGAACAAGAAUUUAAUGUGAGAAUUUUAUUUGUAUGUGAUGCCGGUAGCCGAGCCAUGAAUAUUCAUGAUCAAUCCGAAAUGGAUUCUAGUGAUUAUGAUGUAAGAUUUGUAUAUGUUCACCCAUUAGAGUGGUAUUUGAGAGUCGUUGAUGAGGUAGAUUUGGAAAUUAGAAAGAAAGUGAUGACAAAUUUGAAAGGUGUGAACGAUGAAGAAACAGAAAUUGAUUUUGUAGGAUACGAGCUGAGAAAAACAUUAUCCUACACAAAGAAAUCAAAUCCGACAGUAAUGGAAUGGUUUGUUCAAAGUGACAUCAUUUAUUAUUGCUACAACGACAGUUGGUUACAGGAAGUGAAGGAAUUUUGGUCUCAUUAUUAUUUUAAUAUUAGGACGAUAGUUUAUCAUUAUUUGAAUGUUGCUAAAGAUAAUUAUGUGGAUUAUUUGAGAAACAAGCCAGAAGUGAAUAGAAAGAAGUAUAUUUAUAUUUUGAGAUGUUUAUUAUGGAUUGAGCAUGCCAGAUUGUCACAUUUUCUUAAUUCAAAAUUAGAAAAUAACGACACAUCCAAGCACACCUCUGUUGAAGUGGAUAUACCGCCUUUCAAAGUUGACGAAUUAUUGAAUCAAGUUCUUGACAAACAGUUAGCAUUUUUACAAACACCAGAAGAGAUCAAGUCUAAAUAUCCAGCAACGAUUCAUAUAUUUGAAAAACAAGCGGAGGCAUUGAACGAGUUACAAAUUUUAAUUUCUCGAAAAAAACAGAGUUCAGGUCAAUGGGAAAAGGAAAAACGUAUUGAGGUUUUGGAUGAUUGGAUCUUUUUCUUACGAACAGACUUGAAGGUUUUUGCUGACAAAGUUCUUUCUAAGGAGAAGAGAAGAAUCGAUGAAAUAUCUUUGGAUGAACAAAUUCAAUUACAACAGAGGUUUGACACAAUGUUUUAUCAAACAGUUACUGGAUUUGAUACAUUGAUACCAAAGCUAUCGACAGUCCUUGAAAAUUACCCAUAA